AUGGAGGGUUGCGGGAUGAAAUGUAUAAAAUAUCUUCUUGUUGUUUUCAACGCUUUGUUUAUGAUAUUUGGCAUCAUAAUCAUAUCUUCAGCAUGUGUGGAUAUGGGUAUGAUAAAGGGGUUUGCUGGUAUGGAAACAACAGGCCAUGAAACUGACAUAGUGUUGAUCGUAGUGGGAGUGCUCAUCAUCAUUGUAGCAGCUUUCGGUUGCUUUGGCGCUUGGAAGGAAAGCCCGAAGCUGUUAUAUAUCUUUGCCGGUUGUUUAAUCCUGAUCAUCUUGCUGGAACUUUCCGUUGGUAUCGCGGCGGCAGCUUUACGCCCGCAAAUAGAAGGCACCAUGAAGAACCAACUCAGGGCAUCGUUCAUCAAAAACAAGUCCACUCGGGAGGAAGAUACCACAUAUAGGGAGUUCUGGGACCGUGUUCAGAGCAGCUUGGAAUGCUGCGGUGUUACUGGACCAGAUAACUAUGUAGCUUCCGAGCCUCGUUUGAAUCCUUCCUUUAGUUGCUGUCCUCCCGACGACUCGGACAGAGCUGAUGAGAUCAAACGCUCAGAUUGCAUCUCCCUAUCGAAGUAUUACCAAGAGGGCUGUGAAGACAAGGUGCUUAGCACCGUACAUAGUGCCGGCCUGAUGGUUAUAGUGUGUGGCAUUCUGUUCUGCUUUUUGGAAGUGGCCGGCAUCGUUCUAGCUCUGUGGCUCGCUCACUCCAUCAAGUCGCAGGACAAAGGAAGAGAGACGGCU